AUGCCUGCAUGCGAGUCCCUCUGGGCGCACGCUACUGGUGACCUUCCUGCGCCCGACGACCCUACGCCUUUAGGCCCUGCCCCUGACGACGCCGCCAGAGACCGCUUUACCCGCCAGCGUGCUGACCUGAAGGCGUGGAAGUCGCGUGACGCUGCGGACUACAUUGCUCUUAGCAGCCUCCUCCCUGAGUAUGAGGAGGCCCACUUCACUCAGGUUCGCACUGCUAGUGAGUUCCUGACUGCGAUCAAGGCCCGCUACGCUACUCCUACCACUGUCUCUCUUGGUCGCCUCUUCCUACCGUUCUUUUUCCCUGACCUCGCCUCGUUUGAGCGCUCUGCUGACUUGAUUGCUCACCUCCGCUCGCUCGAUUCUAGCUACCGGGCUGCUUGUACUGACGCACAGCUUGCACUGCUUCCCCCUCCUAUGGCGAUUACUAUCUACUUCAUUGCCACUAGCCUCUCUGACCGCCUUGCCUCGGUUCGUGACACGCUUCUUCUGAAGCACCCUAGUGAGCUCACUAUCGAGGUCCUUGAGUCUGCGCUCAAGGACGUCGAGAGCAACCUCCGCUCAAUAGCCUCCGCCUCUGGUGCUGUGCCCCCUCCACUGUUUCACGGGUGCACUAUCCCUCAGCUGCCCACUUUUACUGCCUCGCUAGCCACUGCCACCACUGACGUGACCGCAGUUGCUGUUACGACUACGUCGCGGUCUCGAGGUAGGGGUGGCAGGAGGGGCGGUCAGGGCGCAGGCGGUGGCGGCGUUGGCGGCGGAGGUGGUGGGGGUGGCGUGCCGACCGGUGGCGGCGGGAGCGCAGGGCCUGGAAAGUCGUCUCGUGUAGCGGCCAGUGACUCCCCUACUGCAGCGGGUGGAGGUGACACCCGGACUCGUCAGCCUCCUCCUGGUCUGCCGGCCGCGGUGGAUGGAGCAGCGGCGUGGUACCUGGCCCAGCGGCAGCAGCAGCACGUGGGUGUGUGGAUUGAGCCCUCUGGUGAGACGGCGGUUUGUGUUGACAGCGACACUUACUCGCCUCUUGCCACCUUCAUUGCCGAGCCGGGCUCUGGUCUCUACACACUUCACACUGGCCCUGGUGGGCAGCAGCAGCAGCAACGACUCCUGCCCCCGGCCCCGGUUACUUCCCCCAGUCUUGUCCGUGCGUCUCACCAGGUUGCUGCGUCCCCCAAGGUAGCUGUGUCUGGUCAAGUUCCCAUGUCUGGUCAGGUUCCCAUGUCUGGUCCAGUUGUUGCAUCGUGCUCUUGCCGGUCGCUUGCACACCCCACCGUUCUGUGGCACCACCGGACGGGGCACUCGUCCCUCCCUCGUUUGCGUGCUAUGUCUCGUCAGCGUCUUGUCUUAGGCCUCCCGCGUGUCUUGCCGUCGCUGCCGCCUUUGCUUGCACCGCCGUGCGGUCCCUGCGUCGAGGGUCAGCUGUGCGCCACCCCCCACUCCUCCUCCCUUCGUCCGGCCACCGAGCCUUUUGAGACGCUCCACUUGGACAUCUGGGGCCCCACCCCUCGCCUUGGCCCUGAGCGCGAGUGUUUCUUUCUGGUGGUCGUUGACAACUACUCCCGCUACACCACAGUGUUCCCCCUGGCGAAGAAGUCUGAGGUACGCCGCUCACCAGCUGAACCUCUAGCCACUCGACUCUCGGCUAGAGGCUUCACCGACCAGUCUUUGGACCGGUUCCCCUAG